AUGGUAUAUAACCAAUUGUUCCAGAAGAACACGGUGCUGCUUGCGCGGGGCACUAAGGAGUCAAAUCGAUUGUACAAAAGUUGGACCAAGAGCAGGAUCUGCCAGGAUCUCACCAAAGCCCUAGCAGGAGAGCCAAUAGAAAGUAGAGGAGACAGGCAGCAGAGCCCCAGUGACGACAGCGACGUUGAUACAGAAGAUGCGACUUUUAAUCAGACAACAGCUGGAACUCAAUUGCAUCAAUCGCUUCCAUCUAUCAGCGCCCCGAGUCAUGUAUCAGAACAUACACCCAGGCCCCCACUUAUGCAACUGCCCACCGACUCUUGGAAACUACUGGAAACUUACUGUACAUAUACACAAUGUUGGUUGCCAAUUGCGGAUAAAUUAGAGAUGCUCAAGUUAUCAUACUCGUAUCCUGAAGAGGGACUAGAGCUAUCUUGCGACAUGCCAAACUCUGGAAGUCACGCAGAAAUGUGGAGCAUAUUUGCAAUUGGAUCUCUUCAGAUUGACGCUGGCAACCCCAACACUGACCCAGGAAAUGGAUCACCUGCAAGGUUUUACGAUGUCGCUAGGCUUCUCAUCCCCAACGAACUGGGACAGUUCAGUCUUGAUCAUGUCAAGGCUUUGCUAAAUCUUGCCGUCUUCAACAUCAGUACAAGAUUAUUUGGUGCUGCCUGGCGUCUCGUGGGCACUGCCCUGCGAAUAUUCCAGACCAUCACAAACCCAGCGGAUAUGAACAAGACCCAACGAAACAACAUGUUAUCUGGCUGUUUCCUGCUUGACAUUUUACUAUCCUCACACCUGAAUCUACGUCCUUAUCUGAUUAAAGCUGAUUUAUUCCGGAUGGGAAAGAUAGAAGAGGAUGGAAUGGAAGAAUGGCAACCUUGGAAUGGGCAACUGAAAUUGUCAUCAGUUUACCAGCCGCCAUUGCCGACCUUAUCAUUGAGUACAUUCAAUGCUCUCAUCGAAUUGGUGGACAUCUUGGGAAGCACUACCCGCUCUCAAACCGCCCCAAAUUUCCUCCACGAAAUGAUUGGCCGGCUGGAGGCAUGGAAGUCUUCGCUACCACAGAAACUCGACUAUAUUCGAAAAGACUCUACACCCAUGACGCCACCUGCAUUAUUGCUUCGAUUCACGUACUGUGUAACCGCGCUAGCAUUUGUUCCUUCUCACAACUGGUUCGAGCAAACCCUAGAUGUGCUGAACACAAUGAAUGCCCAACUCGGCCCGGCAAGAUUGCCUGCCAUAGUCUUUUGCCUGCUUAGAAGCAUCAAAAAGAGCGUCUCAAGUCUGGUUCUUGAUCACAUAGCAUACGCCAAAAUGCGUGAUCUUUUUAUCAGUCUUGAUCCGUCAUUCGGGAGACCAGAAGACGCGUCUACAAGAGCUCGAGGAGCCCAAGGCCCACAAGGAGACGUACCACACAAUUUUUCCAGGACAAUGCAAGCUUCCCCCGCAUCAUUCAUUAUGAAUACGGGUGAGCCUUUCAUCGAAGGGUAUCAGCGACCAUCUGGGUCUUCAAUGCAUGUAGAUGGCCUUUUGCCUGCAAUGAACAACGCACAAGAAGGCGAUAACCAACCCCCAUUCAACCCGUUUGACUUCGCCAUGAAUGUUUUGAUACCGGAACCCCACGAUCCUUAUAACGCUCUGAUCUCGGGAGAUAUGGGAAACUUUCUUGACGACUUUGCUUCAGAACAUGGAGCAAAGAAGCUACAGCAUCAGCCUCAGUUCAUGGAAAAUCUGGGAUUUUCAGCAGAGAUAAGCAUGGCCGAUCUAUUGGCAACAGAUCGCACUCAAUUCAUGUCGACAGCUCCGCACCCAGCUCAGGAUGAUGACCAGAAUCCAUCGCAACUCCCCUUUACCACAUUGUACGAGAUCGGUCAAGAUAUCUGA